CGCACGCGCUCCGCUCCAGUCAGUGUCGUCUGGAAUUUCGAUUCGAACGAUUAUACGUCUCAGUCUCUCUCUCUUUCCAGCUCCGACUGCUUCGCUCCGCUCCUUUCGUUCCCCCAACGUAUAUAAGUAGAGUGCUUGAUUUGCUCGCAAGAGGAGUUGCCCCCCUCCCCCCCUCGAGUUUUGAACAGAGAGUAGAAAAGCAAGAGUCGCGGGAAAAUAUGACGAUGGCUACGGAGACGGAGAAGAACGGGCCGGCGGCCGAGACGAAGGACAUCAAGGACGUGAAGGAGAUGAAGGACGCGCUGAAGGACGAGACGCCGCCGGACAACAAGCAGGACGAGGCAUCCAAGGAGUCGGCCAACGAGAAGAAGGAGGAGGCCGAGAAGAAGCAGCCCGAGGACGGUGAUAAGGCUGCGGCGACGGACGCGGCCCAGACCGGCGCUGCCGGCGACGCCUCGAACGCGGCCGCGGCCAACGCCGCCGCCACCGCCGCCGCGCCGGCCAAAGCCCCCAGCGUGCACAAGCCCAACUUCGAGAAGGACAUCGUCUAUCUCUACCAGUUUCCCAGGACGCCCCUGCUGCCCAGCCUCUCGUCCUACUGCCUCAAGGUCGAGACCUGGCUCAGGCUCAACGGCAUCCAAUACGAGAAUGUCGACCACAAGAUGAAGUUCCGCUCGAAGAAGGGCCAGCUGCCGUUCGUCGAGCUGAACGGCGAGGAGAUAGCCGACAGCACGAUAAUCCUGCGCGAGCUCGGCCAGAAGUACGGCAAGGACAUCGACGCCUGUCUCUCGACCGAGCAGAAGUCCGUGGCCCACGCGACAAUAUCCAUGAUCGAGAACCACCUCAUCUGGGUAGUCCACUGCUGGCGCACCAAGAACCUCGACCAGAUGCUCAAGGGUUACAAGGUCAACCUCCAGCACGCCCUCGGCACUCGCAUCCCCAACGGAAUCCUUAACUUCUUCUUCAAGUUCACGUUCGGACGCAAGUUGGAUUGGUUGCAGGGAACGAGAAAGGUCAAGGCUCAGGGCAUGGGAGUCCACACGCCCGAGGAGGUGCUCCAGUUCGGCUGCGCCGAUCUCAAGGUGCUCUGCGACAUGCUCGCCGACAAGCCGUUCUUCUUCGGUGACGAGCCCACCACGCUCGACGUGGUCGCGUUCGCCAAUCUGGCUCAGAUCCUGUACAUCGACAAGGAGAUCCCAUUCGCCUUCCGCGACUACAUGCAGGAGAACUGCCCGAACCUCGUCGGCCACUGCUCCAGAAUGAAGGAGCGCUGCUUCUCCGACUGGGACGAGAUCUGCUCGACCCUCGACAUGAACACGCACCUGCCCAAGCCCGAGAAGACCGAGGAGAAGGAGGGCAAGGAGGAGGCGAAGGAGACCAAGGAGUCCAAGGAGGAGAAGGAAGGCGACAAAGAGAAGGCCGACAAGGAGGAGAAGGACGUGGAAAAGGACAAGGAGGUCGACGAGAACAAGGAGAAGGACAAGGAGGGAAAAUAAGAGCCCUGCGCAGAUCUAGGGACGAAUCGACACACCGAGACAAGACAGCCGACAGAUAUGAUAUGAUAUUGUGUAUCGGAGGAGAGAGAGAGAUUUUAAAUGAGACAGAUGAGGGAUGUCGAGAGAUAGUUAGAAAGAAGAGAGAGAGAGAGAGCGCGAAAAUUAUUAGUGUAUGUUGGACUCUUUUAUACUUGAUGCUCUCUAAUUAAUCUUAAGAUCGUGGAGGGAAAAACAUGCAUGUGUUUUUUUUUUAAUAUUUCGACGAAAUAUGAAAGAGUUAUUGUAUCGAAGGGGGAGGAAAACGGAGCGCUACGCGCAGACGACGUUUUCUUCCCUUUUUUCUCUCACUUUGUGUUUCUUUUUUAUUUUGUAUUAUUGUAUGUUUCUCUUAUAUUUGUUUAAUUAUAUGCAUUGCAAUUUUUUACAUUGUCACGUAUAUAUAUAUAUUAUGUAUGUGUAUUGUAUAACAGUCGGACACAAGCUCACGCGUUUGCAGCAGUAUUUUUGUCGCGAGGAGAUAAUAAUAAAAAGUUAUAUGACGAUGAAUUUCCGGUCUCUCCCUCUGGCGGAUUUGAUUCGAUCUUUUUUUUUUAUUAAGUCAUUAGUAAGCCAUAGUGUCUAUAACGCAAUAUUAUCGAAUGCAAUAGCCUGUCGUUGUGGACAAAACGAGGAUGAUGGGAAUUCGCAAUUUGCAAUGUAUGAGCGAGGCAUAGAGAUUUUUUUCAAAAAAUACAUUACUAUUAUCAUUAAAUUAUCUGCGUAUGCACGACGAUUUUGCUAAAAGAUUAAAAAGUGUACCGGUUUUAUGCAAAACGAAGUUACCAGACGACGAAUCUUUUAUACACAAAUAAGAACCGCGUGACCACGUUUUUUUGUACGAAACUUGUGAACAAAAAACGAUUAACGAAUCUAAAAUUGUAAUAAAAUAAAAAGACUUUUUUAAAGACAAAGCGAAUCACCCUUUUUAAGAUGUUUCAACCUCCGGUGCGUCUGAUUUACAUUGACAAAGGAAAAUGUAGUUUAAAAAGUAUAAAAUGUGAAAUCUCUCUCGUCGAUACCACGAUCUUGUCAAUCGCGAAUUGAGCGAACUAAAAGAAAUAACAGCUGCGAAUAGGUAUAAAAUGGAAAAGGAAAAGUCGCAGAUUAGCCUCGCUAGUCCAUUAGCUCUAACUCAAUAUAAUUAGGCAGGUGCGAAAUACGUAAAGGCGAAAGGCAUGUUUGGAAAGGAAACGAUGCGCACGCUGCGACGAAGCGACACACGCAUUUAUGCACACUCGUACACCUACACACCGCUCACUGACGCACACACACACACACACCUACACUUACACCGACACAAAAAAUGUAGACACGCUAAAUAUGCUUUAUUAUUAGGAAAAUUGAGGAUUGAGUAGAGUUAGCGGGCUAGACUGUGAUGAUUAAGGAGAUAAAAGAGUCGACAUUGCAUCGGAGGAUUUUGUCAGGCGUUAGUUUAUAGUUAAAGUAAAAAAAGGAGGAGUGGCACUUCAUUCGAUUGAGAGAAAGGAGUUUAUGAAAUUUUAUGGAAAAAAAGUGACAAAGGAAAGAUUUAAUAUGCUAUUGUAUUGUAGAUUAAGGGGACGAGGAAGUCCCUCGGCUCACGACUGAGUUUAAAACGUUAUGUGCGUUUAAACAUUGUAAUAUAUAAAGGUUUUUAAUUAAUCGUGUAAAGCUUCUGAAAUGCGAAAGUUGGUCUUUUUCCGGCAUAGUGAAACACGAUCAAAAUUUGUAUUUUUUUAUUUUUCCUUUCGCCGUUCGAUUCUCAAACUCGCCAACUUUUGUAAAUUUACAAAACGCCCCGCGAAUCUGAAAAUGGAACGGCGUCUGGACGAAAUGGAAGAAGAGAGGAUUGAAUGAUCUCUCGUUAUGUGGAGUCAAGGAUCAAAAUUCGCAUCUAUAUAGUAAUUGCCCAUUAUGCAGCUUGAAUUGGUUUUUGACGGAAAUCGGAGUAUAUUACAAUGAAGAGCGUGCAGAAUAAUUCUUAAGAGAAAGAUGAAACCAAUUUAUCGUCUGACGUCACUUGGUCGUUUCCGAAGGAGACUUUUGCAUCGCCUUUGCAACGCCGCCGGUCGCCCGAUUUCGCCUCUGUUCUCGGCUUGAAAUUCUUAUUUUAUCUCUCUUAGUUGCGCGCGUUUGCCGAACAACAGCGCGCGUCCGACUUUCCACGAGAAAAAGGCAAAAGCUAAUAUCCUUUUUCUCGCGGAGCACGCAUCAGUGAAGAAGCAACACUUUUGUUCGGCAACGAUGAAGUUUGUGUGUGUCACUCUCGAGAGGCGAAAUCGAGCGAUCCUCGCUCUGGCGGCGUUGUUGAUUUUAAUUGUCAAAUCGACGACGCUCGUUGUUUAUAUUGCAUUGGCGCUUAACUCAUUAUUAUAAAUGUAAACACAUACACACCCAAGCAUAACACACCACACACAUGAAAACACACGGCUCGAAGCCAUCUUCUCAUUCUCGUAGCCGCGAUUAACAAAUACAAGUAAAAAGGAAAAAAAAAAUACAUAAAAAAAAUGUAUAAGAAACAAAUUCAUUCCCGUCUUUUGUAUCUUUAUAGUCCUUUUUUUACGUCUUUUUUUAUACACGAAUCUGACAAGCGUCGUCGGCCAUGCGUGCGACGUCGGCGAAAUAUUAUUAAUUAUAAUUAUAUUACAUUUAUUUGUAUAUUAUAGAAAUACGUCAUAUUGUAUGUUUCUAUGUGCAUUAUGUACAGGCGAAGGCAGCCCAUAAACACGCGAUGAAGUGGUGAAGUAAGAAGAUUAUUCAAAAAAGAAAAAGCUAUACACAAUUUGUAAGAUGUAUUCAAUUGAAACGCGAUUAUUAAUGAUAAACAAUAAAUGAAAUAAAAACAAA